UUUAUAGAUUUGGUAUGCCAACUAUGAUUAAUUGAUUAUGAUUGGAACUCUUUGGAAACUGCAGAUUGGUGCAUUUAAUUUGGGAACGAACGCAUGCGCAAGUAUAACUAACUCCCCUUUUAGUUCAGCUUCUUCUAUUAACCGCGUUUGUGGACGCAAGACUCGGGAACCGAAACAAACGAUGCCUUCUUUGACUUUGUUUCUGGUGGUGCUCGUCUUGGCGGCGGCUGAAACACCUCCAGCACGCGCCGCGCUGCUCGAGUCGUUCGACGCUCAACAGCGAGAGUUUGAUUAUUUCGCGUUGGCGUUGCAAUGGCCCGGCACUUACUGCCGCCGCACCCGCCAUUGCUGCCCCACCAAUGGUUGCUGCAGAGGCUCCAAUUCUCCAACAGUAUUCACCAUACAUGGACUCUGGCCUGACUAUAAUGAUGGAACCUGGCCAGCCUGUUGCUCUAGAUCUAGUUUCGAUCCAAAAGAGAUAUCGACAUUGACUAAUGCUUUAGAGCAAUAUUGGCCAUCAUUGAGCUGUGGCUCGUCAUCAACAUGUCAUGGUGGGAAAGGUUCAUUUUGGGCUCAUGAGUGGGAGAAACAUGGCACAUGCUCAUAUCCUGUGAUUCGAAAUGAAUAUGAUUAUUUUGUGACAGCUCUUAAUGUCUAUUUCAAAUAUAAUGUUACGGACGUUCUAAAUGAGGCUGGAUAUGUUCCUUCUAAUACAGAAAAGUAUCCCCUUGGAGGCAUUAUCUCUGCCAUUGAGAAUGCUUUUCAUGCAUCUCCUUUAAUAGUUUGCUCAAAAGAUGCUGUUGAGGAACUUCGCCUAUGCUUUUAUAAGGACUUCAAGCCACGAGAUUGUGCUGUUGGAUCUGACAUUAAAAUUGACAUGGUUACUUCAAAAGGAUCUUGUCCCAGAUAUGUUAGCUUGCCGGAGCCGGUUUCAGCAAGGUACGGCGGACUUCAAAGUUGGAUCUCUGAUGAUGCAACUCUUUAAAGUUAUGGAACUGUACUUCAAUUUGUAAAUUUCUGUACCUUGCGAAUGAACAAAGGCACUUAAAUAAAUUUGUUUGGAUGUCGUACCAUCUAUCAAUUUGGAGACAAAAGGAUAGAGUGAAGAGCUGGACAUUUGGAUUGAGAUCUGGACCUGCUAAUGUUUAGCUGGGUAAAAGAAGUGAUGGUUGCAAGUAUUAUUUGGGAGCUGUAUCAAGCCUACUGCCAUGUAUUUGGAGUCUGGGUUUUAUCAUUUUCUUUAUUAUCGAAAGAAUGUACAACUGGAUAAUGAAAUAUGUUGUUGUAUCCUUAAUAUAUACAUUUUUCUUUAAUAUUAUCAUAUAUAAUUUGCCUCA